CACAGGGGGUUACAGAUACAGCAAUGGCGGGGGUUGCGAGAAUUCUCUCCAAGUGUUUUCCAAAUGGAAUAAUAUAUCGAAGUUUUACCCAGAAAGCGGUUAAUUUGAAAAGGACUCCGCAGGACUAUCCGGCUUUAACUGGAUCAGAACAUUGGCGACGCAAAAUCCGUACUUUGUUCAGAGCAAGAGAUAUAGACGGUGAUGGAUAUAUCACCAAAAAAGAUUAUGAAAUGCAUGUUCAUCGUGUCUCAAGUUAUAUGAACCUUAAUGAGAACCAAGCGAAAGAUUUAAAGAAAUGGAAAAUGUUCACUUGGGAAUUACUUUCUGGAACCACAGAAGCUUCGGCUGACUUUCGGUUGUCUGAACACGACUACGUGUCCAACAUGCUUGCUGCCUACCCUACCAUAUUAGAGCGCAUCGUGGAUAUCGCCAGUUGUGACUUCGACACCGUGGAUAUUGGCGGUGACGGCUUCAUCUCCCCACAGGAACACAAGGCGUAUUUCUACGGGUUUGGGGUCCCACUUAAGCACUCCACGGAUGUCUUCAAAGUUCUGGACACCGAUGACGAUGGCAAGAUUAGCAGAGAAGACUUUGUUCAAGGUUUUGUGGAUUUCAUUUUAAGUGAAGAUGAAAACAGUCCACAUGCUUGUUUCUUUGGACCGCUUGUAUAAUAGAAAAAAAAGAAGCAAAUACCAGUUUGUUCAAGACUGUUUUGGCUUCCUUAUGAGCUAUUACAUUUGUUUCUUUGGGCCAUUUGCAUAACAAUUUAAUCUGAUAAUCUUAUAUUGGUAACGCGGAUAUAUUUUACUUACAAUAUGAGUUCUAAUAAUCUGAUGAUGUCACACGCAGGCCCGUGGCCAGGAAUUUCAAAAGGGGGUCUUUUUUCUGGAAAAGUACCGAGUAGACCUUUGACUAUGGAACCUUCCGGUACGCAGAUAAAAUUUAACCAGAAGGGGGCCUUUUCCUGACAAAAAAGGUGGUUUGUUCGAACCCCACGAGACC